AUUGCAGAGAAUAAGGGAAAACUUUGCAGAGAGAAGUUUGCAGCGAUGCCCUUACUGAGCCUGCUGCCAGAUCCCCAUAGGAAGGAAAGCUAGGGGGGCAGGAAGAGGAGGAAGAGGGCAGAAGACAAGCGCUGGAGGGGCCCGAAGCUGCAGGGCAUCUCUCUUGGAACAGGAGGACAAGAUGAGCCUGUUGUCCGCUAUAGACACUGCGUCAGUAUACCAGCCUGCCCAGCUCCUGAACUGGGUCUACCUAUCCCUGCAGGACACACAUCAACCAAGUGCCUUUGAUGCCUUCAGACCAGAGUCCACUUCUGCCUCCCAUCAUGAUCUCAACAGCUAUUCCAAGAGCCCCUCAGAGCUGAACUCCUCCAUCCACUCCAGCUAUCUCAGCAGCUUCCUGCAGCUCCAGAGGACUGAGGCACUGGGCAGUAGUCGUUAUAAAAAUGCAUCUCCUUAUGGAUCUUUGAACAACAUUGUGGACGGGCUGAGUUCUCUAACUGAACACUUCUCAGAAAUUUCACUCAACUCAGAGAACAGGAAACCCAGCAAGAGGCCUCCUCCAAACUACUUGUGUCACCUCUGCUUCAACAAAGGUCAUUAUAUUAAGGACUGUCCACAGGCUCGCCCAAAAGGUGAAGGUCUGACCCCAUACCAAGGCAAAAAAAGAUGUUUUGGAGAAUAUAAAUGUCCGAAGUGCAAAAGAAAAUGGAUGAGUGGGAACUCCUGGGCCAAUAUGGGUCAAGAGUGUAUAAAGUGUCACAUCAAUGUCUACCCUCACAAGCAGCGACCUUUAGAGAAACCUGAUGGUCUGGAUGUAUCGGAUCAAAGCAAGGAGCACCCCCAACAUCUGUGUGAGAAGUGCAAGGUUCUUGGCUAUUACUGCCGUCGUGUCCAGUAAAACAGCACAAAGAUCCUGGAGAGUUGAGGCGUGACAAGGGAAAGACAACAGCGACACAGUGACUAGCGUAUACACUAAUAAUAUGCCUUAUGAGUAUUAGAAUGUAACAUUCUUCCUGUGUAUGUGUACUAUUUGUAUUUAUGAAGUAUUAGGGCUGUUUAACUGUUAACACAGUUGUCAUUUGCCUCCAGAUUUGCCCCAUUUUUCUGGGGUUCAAAACUAGGGAACUGGAUAUUUAAUGAUGCAAUUAAGAAUACUUCUCUAUAAUGUGACAUAUCUAGAAGUCUGCAGUUCAAAUAUUUUUGUCUUCCCUCCGAAAUACAGAAAAUUUGAUCUUAUAUUCUGUCAAUAGGUUGAAAUCCAUUAAAGGGGUAUUCCAGAAAUUCCACAGAAUAGGGGAUAGCUCUUACUGGGACCCCCACAACCAUGAGAAUGGCCCAAGAGAGGGGCAUGUGCGCUGUCCAUUCAUCUUCAUGGCACUGCCAUAAGAGAUAGCUGAGUACAGCGCUAGCCUAUUUCUGGCUGGUCCCAUAGAGAUGAAUGGAGCAGCCUUGCGCAUGCUCAACUCAACUCUGCUCAUUACGGGAGGCCCCCCAGUGAACUAACAGUUAUCGCCAAUUUGGUCGAUAGGGGAUAACUAAAAUUUACCAGAAUACGCCUUUAACGUAAAGUGUUUAACUGCUCUGAGGUGAGAUUUACACAAAGGGGCCAAUUUAUUUAGACUGGUGUUAACCAGAAGCUGUGCUGAUGUAAGAGGCGCCAAAGAUAUUAAAGAUUUUGUCACAUCUUGUUAUGUGUAGCUUACAGAUGUGAGUACACCAAUUUUCUGGCUUAAAUAAUGGUUAAUUACUCCAUCUUCUCCAUCUCCAAACACCCUCCGCCCAUAUCCCACCCACUAUUUAGAAAAGUAGCAAAAGCAAAUGCAAUUUUGGGGGGCAAAAGGGACCUUGCACAAAAAUUUCCAACUUUUUUAAGCCAGAAAACUGCCCUAGAAGACUUGAUAAAUUCCCCCUUGAGUUUUUGUGGCAGUUUUUUUACCUAAACACAACAGUGGAUGCAAAAGAAGCAAGAGGCAUGAGUCCUAAGUGUAUCAUUUUACUUACCUUCAGCUCCACUCUUGGCUUUGGCUGGAAAAAAAAAAAUGCAUCACAUACAGCAUGUUUGAAUCUAGUCUAAAACAACUAAAUUAAUUUUACCAUGU